AUGGCGCAUUCCCCCCACAACGUCCUUCCCGCCUUUUUCAUCAACGACCCGAGCUCCAUCGCGCAAACGCAGCGCUCGCUGUACUUUUUUGUUAUCUUUGAGGUCCUCGACGCCAUGAACUGCGUCGCUCAAGGCAUCCUUCGCGGCAUGGGUCGCCAAGCCAUCGGUGCGUAUGUGAAUGCGAUGGCCUACUACGUGGUCGGCAUUCCUGUCGCUGGCGUCGUUGGCUUUUACUGCGAGCUCGAUGUUCAAGGUCUCUGGAUUGGCAUCGCCGUCGGCGUCUUCUCCGCCUUCUGCGUCUACUCGUGGACGCUUCAGCACACCAACUGGCGCGCGAUGGCCGACAAGGCGGUUGAGCGCAUGACAGACUAA